CAGCAUUUCUUGUCGACGUGGGAAGGGAGGGAUUCGGACACAAACAAAUGUCCACAGGUUUGAUGUCGGGCCACGACAGAGGUAACCGUGACAUGUCAGGUGGAUUUAGGAGAUAACUCCUUGACGUUUGAAAACAUGUGGCUCAAACCUGAAGAGAUUCUGCUGAAAAACGCCUUCAAAUUGUGGGUCACCGAGAAGGAUAAUGAGUACUUCGUACUGCAAAGGAGACGAGGCUACGGAGAAGGUGGAGGCGGUUUGACAGGCCUCCUUGUGGGAACUCUGGACACUGUGCUGGACUCCACAUCCAAAGUCGCUCCUUUCCGCAUUCUGCACCACACGCCGGACUCGCAGGUGUAUUGGUCAAUAGCAUGCGGUGUCACCAAAGAGGAGAUUGUUCAGCACUGGGAUUGGCUGCAGCAGAACAUCAUGAGGACACUCUCUGUUUUUGACUCCAGUGAAGACAUCACCAGCUUUGUACAGGGCAAGAUAAGAGGUCUAAUCGCUGAGGAAGGGAAGACAUCCCUGGUGAUGGAGGACGAUCCCGAGAAGUUCAGAGAAGCACUUUUGAGGUUUGAGAAGUGGUUUGAGCUGCCGCCGGACGAAAAGCUGGUCACAUAUUACUCAUGCAGCUACUGGAAAGGCAAAGUGCCCUGCCAGGGCUGGCUCUACCUCAGCACAAACUUCCUCUGCUUCUAUUCAUACCUGCUGGGAGCUGAGGUGAAGCUAAUCAUCUCCUGGGAUGAGAUCUGGAAGCUAGAGAAAACAUCUAAUGUGAUUCUGACUGAGAGCAUCCAUGUCUUGGCUAAUGGGGAGGAUCACUACUUCUCUAUGCUGCUGCACCUUAAUGAAACCUUCAUUAUCAUGGAGCAGCUGGCUGACUACUCCAUCAAGCGCCUUUUUGAUAAAGAGGCCUUCGAAAGAGAGCCAGCUCUCACCGACCCCCUGCAAAUUACCAAGAGAGGCCUCGAAGCUCAUGCAAAGAGCGAACAGUUCCGGACAUUUUUCAGGCUUCCUAAAGAGGAAAACCUGUUAGAGGUGCAUGAGAGCUUCCUGUGGGUACCCUUCAGCCAUUUUAACACGCUUGGCAAGAUCUGUUUGUCUGAGAAUUACCUGUGUUUUGCCAGUCAGGACGGAAGCCAAUGCCAUAUCAUCAUUCCAAUGCGAGAGGUUGUGAAUGUUGAGAAGCCCGAUUCCAACAGCAGAGCUUUAACGGUGUGUGUGCGUGGCAAGAGGGCGCUGCGUUUCUCUGAGGUUCGUGACUACCAGCGGCUUGCAAACACAAUCCGUAGCAGGUGUGGGAUUAGUGCCAGCCCUCAGCACUCUGCUUCAUCAGAGGCUAUACGAGGCGAAUGCCAGUCACUCAUCAACCACUUUGAGGACAAUCCAGACGACGUAACUCUUAUGGUCGGGCAGAAAGACAGCAGCAAGGCAGUAAGCACUGAGGCUCUCAUGACUGUUUUCCACCCUCAGGAUGUUGAGAACCUUGACCCCAAAAUGCUUAAAGAAAAGAUGAAGGAGCAGUCUUGGAACAUCCAUUUCUCUGAAUACGGACGUGGCACAAGUAUGUUUUUCACCAGGAAGACACGAGACUUGAUUGUUCGUGGUGUCCCUGAAGCUUUGAGAGGAGAGCUGUGGAUGCUUUUUUCAGGAGCUGUAAACGACAUGGCCACUCACCCCGGCUAUUACACCGAGCUGGUCGAACAGUCUCUGGGCACAAGCACUCUGGCUACAGAUGAGAUCGAAAGAGACUUACACCGCUCUCUGCCAGAGCACCCCGCCUUUCAGAGUGACACAGGAAUCUCUGCUCUGCGCAGAGUCCUUACCGCUUAUGCCUGCAGGAACCCUAAAAUUGGCUACUGCCAGGCCAUGAACAUUCUCACUUCAGUCCUCCUGCUCUACGCGAAAGAAGAGGAGGCUUUCUGGCUGUUAGUGGCUGUCUGUGAGAGGAUGUUGCCGGAUUACUUUAACCGCCGAAUCAUUGGUGCUUUGGUUGACCAGGCGGUGUUCGAAGAUCUGAUUCGAGAAAACCUCCCGCAGCUGGUAGAGCACAUGACAGACCUGAGUUUCUUCUCAUCCGUGUCACUGUCCUGGUUUCUCACUCUCUUCAUCAGCGUUCUGCCUAUAGAGAGUGCGGUGAACGUGGUGGACUGCUUUUUCUACGACGGCAUAAAAGCCAUUCUGCAGCUCGGCCUAGCGGUGCUUGACUACAACAUGGAAGCUCUGAUCAGCUGCCAUGACGAUGCGGAGGCUGUCACCAUCCUCAACAAAUUCUUUGACAGUGUGACAAACAAAGACAGUCCGUUGCCUCCGACAGUGCAGCAAGCAUCAGUGGGCAAUAAUGAUAAAUCAUCCCACUUCAACGUGGAUAUCAGUGAACUGAUCCGAGAGGCCUAUGAGAAAUAUGGAAAUAUUCGCUCAGAGGAAGUCGAGAGUUCACGGAAAAGAAACAAACUGUUUGUUAUCCAGACGCUGGAGGAUACAACCAAGCAAAAUGUUAUUCGUGUGGUGUCCCAAGAAGUCAGAUUUAGUGCCUCACAGCUUGAUGAACUUUAUAAUUUGUUCAAAAGGCAGCAUUUCCUCAGCUGCUACUGGACAAUGAAGAGUCCAGUUCUGCUCCAUCAUGACCCCAGUCUGGCCUAUUUGGAGCAGUACCAGUUGGGUUUCCAACAGUUCAGUGUGCUCUUCUCCCUGCUGGACCCCUGGGCUUUUUGCACCAACAAGAGCACCCUCUCCCUCUGGGUCUUCCGCCUGAUAGACGAGAACCAGGAUGGCCUUGUCAACUUCAAAGAGUUCUGCUGUGCCCUUGAUACUUUGUACGGUGGAUCUUUCACAAAUAAGCUGAAAUUCCUCUUCAAGCUGCACCUGCCACCAGCUUUCACAGGUAGUCCUUUGCACGUAAAGGAACAAAGAAUCCAGCACUUAAUUCCAGUGACUGAAGACUCUUCUCACUUGAGUAGACUCACUGCAUUUGAUCUUCCAGCAGAUGGUGUGAUAAGGAAAAGCCCUGAAAGAGGUAGAGGAAAAGUGGACCUGCAGGCCUACUUGAAACAAUGGCAAAAUGAAAUACUUAAGAAAGAGGAAACCAUCAAGGACCUUCCCAGAAUUAAUCAGACUCAGUUCAUCCAGUUCUCCAAGACCCUGUACAACAUUUUUCAUGGCGACCCAGAGGAGGAGUCUCUGUACCGUGCCGUGGCGCAUGUGACCAGCCUUCUCCUGAGGAUGGAGGAGGUGGGGCGGAGGCUGCAGGAGCCGAGCAGCCCACCUGCAUCCACACAGCCUGCCAACUCUGCUGCUGCUGCUGCUGCAGGGGACGAGUCCUCCACCGAAGAAGCGUCUACCACCCCUGAGAGCUGCGACACCUCCAGCUCCCACAACAGUCAGGAUGCAGGGCCUGACCUCUCGGAGACAGAGUGGUCGUUUUCGUUUGAGCAGGUCCUGGCAUCUCUGCUCAACGAGCCGGCCAUAGUCAACUUCUUCGAAAGGCCUGUUGACAUUGAGACUAAAAUGGGGCAAGCCAAGGUUGCCCAGCUGAAGCUAAAGGCUAAUAAGUGAACGGAUGCAUAAGUGAAUUACUUUGCCUCUGAUUUGAACCCAGAAGUCACCAUGAAUUUGUUUUCUCCACUCGUAUAGGGCAGUGGGUUUUGGUGAGGCAGAGAGUAAGAUUGCUGUUGAAGUUGCAUCAUGAAUGCAGAGGAAACAUCAGAUUUUUGAAAUCAGGUGCAACGUGUGUAUGUGGCUUAAUUGUUCAGAUGGAUAGCAACAAUGGCUGAUGAAACAAACGAGUCGUUGUAAACACUGUCGUAACCGUCCUCUGACCAACACCUUCAGUGCAUUCUCAUGUUAAGCCUCAUUGCAGACUUUGUCAUUCCUCGAAUCUGAUUAUGCAUUUUCAACCUCACUGAUGAAUUAAUUCUCUCAUGUAGCCUCAGAAUCUUCAGAUUUUAAGUUAAGUUUACAAUAUAUAUUUUCCCCUGUAUGCCAUAAAGCACAUAAAGUAUAGUUUUGUAUUGUAUAAGGGACAUUCAGUUCUGUCCCCUUUAUUCAGAAACAUGUCUGAAGAGUUUGUCCUUAACUCUCUGUCUCUGCUGACGCGCACCUCCACAACGAAUGACUUGACAAGGGGACAGAGAGUUCACAGGAAGACUCUUCCUUUGGAUAUCUUGACAUAUUUUCUCUUGCAGAUUGGUCGUCACUGCUGUAAAGUGAAACGUACUGUAAAUGCGAACCUGUCCUGUGACUUCAGUGUCUCCUGGUGGGCGUUAUCCUGUAAACCUAUUUUGAGAAACACCAGCUUUUCAGUUGUUACAGUAGGACAGGAAGUAAGGACAAGCUGUAGUUUUGUCCAUGGAAGCCAUAAAUUGAUUGCAGAUAUAAUCUGAGUGAGGAUGUCAGAUAUUAUUUAUUGAGAGCAUAAAAUAUUCGAUUACGGUGUUACACAUUUGCAAUAACAUACAAGAGAGAAUGACAUACUGCCACAGCACACUCAUCUGUCUCCAGCAGCAGCACACCUGGUGAUGAUAUUAUAGCAUGAUGUCAAAUAUGUUGAAUACAGGAAACAUAGGAUCUGUAAAGGUAAAAGUGUAAAAUUCCACAGUGCUGCUGCAGGGAAAUCACCUGCGUCCUCCUCCGAGUAAACUAGAAGCUGUGUAUUAGUCGAGCUUUUAACACUGACCUGAAAUUAUGUAGAAAACAUGCUGUGUGUGAUCUUCACAGUGCGAUUGGUUGAUGUACUGUUUGCUCAUGUUCGUCUUACUGUAUAUGUAGGAUUUCACGCUCUAGUCUAAGUGCAGCACUUUGUACAUAGAGGUCAGUUCAAUAGUCGUUUAUUGAUUAUUGUAUUUAAGAGGCUUGUAUUGAAAAUGUAAAAUAUGAGCUUGUGGACUGUUGUGGACACAACUUCAACCUUUUGAAGGACAUUUAGUUUUAUCAAAUCUCAGGGUGCAAUUUGUGUAAAAUAAAAGGGAGUUAAAGGGAUAUUUUUUCGACCUGGGACAUAUAAAGUAUAUGACUGAGUUUGACAUUUUUGUCUGUAACAUUAAAAUAUAGAGCAUGUGUAGCAUAGUUACAGGAUUUGCCACAUUCUGCUUGCCUUCAGCGAACAGCAAUUAUUACUGCUCGCUACAGAAAGCCAGAUUUAACUUGCAGUAUUUCAGUUAUUGCUUUCUUUUUAUCUGUGCAUUUUCUGCUUUGCCGCUUUGUUCUCGCUUCUAUCAGUCAGUAAUUUGUGAGUGUUUGAGAUUCACAAGCUGUAGAUAUGCCUGUAUCCCGGCCAGAUCUCAGAGGCGUUGGAUUCCUAAAGGUCACGACCACUUCAGCCUCAGCUUGUUAUCUCCAGGGGCCAAAUUCACAGAUUUAUAAAGCUUUAUCUCUGCUUGUGUGGGGGAAAUUUGUUUUAGAAGCUUCUUAAGUGCAAGUGCAAUUCUUUGUUUCUUAUACCUCU